AUGGCUUACAACAGAAUUGACUUAGCGUCCAUCGUGCACCACGUAUUUCUCCCGCCGAAAUUACCCCCAGAGGCUGAACGCUACCCCGCCAACAGCGAGUUACUCCGAAAAUUUCUUCGCUCACUUGAUAAUUACCAUGAGUCCGUCCAGCUCCAGGAGCGCUCGGCCUGGGCGUCAUGCGUUAGGAUGAUACAGGUUUUGCUAGACUUGCAGUAUUCCGGCAGAACGUUCAAUGCCAAAAGUUUGAUUCUCAAACUCACGUCUUUGAAUUCCCUAGCUCUCCAUCUCCGAGAGCAAAACGCUGCUGCCUUAAUCAAGAAGAAUCAGGACGAGACCACGUUCUCCUUCUUCGAGUUAUCCCCGUCAACCGAACGCGUCAUGGCUUGCAAAACUCGACUACGACGUAGCUUCCCUGAAGCGUCAGACAGUAUUGCCAACGCUGUCGUCGCUGAUCCAGCUUUCCAUGAGCCUUUCGCAGAAAUGAUGGUAGAUCUAGACGAGAAAGUGCCGCCUCAAGCGGAACCAAAAACUCGCAAGGCAAAUCAGGAAGUUCGGGAAAUCCGACAGUCUGUGAAUCCGUUCCUGGCCACGAACCACCUGCCUGGCAUCUUACGGGCGAUCGGAAAGGCAGCGCCUAUCAAUCGUAUUGUGAAGCAUACACGAGACGACGUCCCAUGGAAGAAUGCUGCUUCACCGUGGCGCAGAUCGCCUCUUUGGCUUCUAUUGCGCGUGGCUAUCCAAUUAACCUUGGCCCAGUCAGAUCUCAAGAAAUCAACCUACCACUAUAAAUCCUUUAUGUUGUUCUUCAUGAACGACGUUUUAGGAUCGGCCAUUAAAGAAUCCUUACCAACUGAGACUCUAUUCAUCAUGAAGACGAAGAUUAGUCGGCGCGUCUUGAAAAUGGGUCAACCGAUUUCGAAUAGCUUACAAGCAGGCAUCCACUCAGCGCAAAACAUUCUCGAAAGCAGGUGGAACAGCUUGCAAAGGGACAGAGACCUACACAAAAUUUGGACGCCUUGGACAAGCUCGAAUUGGAAGCCCUUGACUCAUGAACAGACUACCUUGUCUCUACCUUCCCUCAAACCGUACGUUGAAUCUCGUUCGUUAAGGCAACAACAACCAUCGAUCGGAAAAGACUCCAAACCUCGUAGUAUACCUCGCGUGUGCCAAUCCAAGAACCAGUUUCCGGACAUUACGAAGUUUUCUACAUUUGGGUUGUAUGAUAAAGACAAUAAAAACGUCGUGCUUGCAGACGUGGAAGAAUGGGUCAGGACGUUCCUCUUGUUAUGGGUUCAGGAAAAUAUGAGCCUUCGGAAGUCAACUCGUAACAUUGCAGAUCUACUGAAGAUUUACUGCGAAGAAGCAUUAUCCGCUUACCACGACGAUCCCGUCAUGAUAUCAACCAUGUUUUUGACGGCCAUGGAGUUGUGGAUCGCGUUGGACAUGUGCGCUCUCGAGCAACGCCCGGUUCUCUCGAAGUACGCGCCGGGAUUUCCACCAGCCCUCUUAGAGCCGCUUCUCCUGCCCAGCAAGCACCAGAUGGAACGUCUAUGUUCAGUGGAGCGCUACCUAUCCCAGCGGGACGGAACCGACGGCAAAAGCAGCCCGGUACACUUUCUUGACGUCGGCCCUCGAAGCCUGGCCGUACAAGUCUACGACACAUCGACGAAACACCAGGAGCUCUAUGAUGCCAUAGUGAAGGCCGCAGAAAUUGCCCGAGACAAAAAGCUAGUACAGUUGGACACGCAACUUGCUAAGCACGAAGCCGUUUCCUCCCAGCUAGCCAGCGCAACUUGUUCGAAGGAAUUGGUCUCCAACCAGGAGAACCAUGAUCAGAUGUCUUGUACAAAGUGCUCUUUGGAUAAGGAAAUCAAGACACUAUCGAGGAUAGCAGUACACGAAUGGCCCCUGCCCGCAGAUGAGGUACAGGCUAAGCUGGUGGUGUUCGAGUUAAUGGUCCCUGACGAGAUUGAACAAUGGAGAAGCACGACCUAUUGGCUACAAACGGAGGUUUUUGCCCGUCCCACGGUGGUCGCCGAGAUUCCGGAGGAGCUAUUUUACCUCCAUGAUUUUGAGGGACUAGCUGGGCGUGGCAAUAUUAACAAAGAGCAAAGACUACAGCUUGCAUCCACGGCAAAAGCCUUUGUUUUCGCUCACUAUAAGGACGUGGAAAUCCAAUACGCUAACAAAAGCAGUGUGUUCGUAAAUCACGCCAUGAAGUACGGGAUUUUCGACUCAAUACGAAGCAAACUGCCCAUCAUGGCCGUUGAGAGAUGCGAUAUCCGUUCGCGAUGUGCUUUCCAGAUCUCGGAGGGCCUCUACAGCACUCUGAGUGACACGCUCGAGUCAACGCUACAUACCGUGAACGAGGUGUUAUCCAGACAGUCACAGUGCUCUGCGUCUUUGAACACCGACGAGUUCUAUGCGUUUGGAGCUCUGCGAGCAGGCCACCGCAUCCAAUGGCUCAAUAUAGCUAACGAGCUUGUUUCUCAAGUCCUAUCGUUUGGUCGACAAGAAGUAUGUGAUUUGGUGCUCCAGGCUUGUUGGCAGGCUGGGCCGGCAGAAGUCGGCAACUCCAACCUUAUUCUUAGGGAAUCUCACCAGGUGCUUCAAGGGGGCCACGUGAGUAUCGAAAUACUAUCAGGACUGGAGGACUGUUUUUCCAACAUUGAAAAGAAUUGGGAAGGCACGACUGCAGCCCGGCUCUUCGCAGCACUUGCAGCACGCCUUCUUUCUCUCAAUACUCGCCCGGAGAUUCAGACGCAGUGUUUCGCUUUCCUCCGCAGAGUCCGUAAUGCUCUCCUGAUUUGGAUGAGGAAAAUUUGCGAGAAGGUCCAAGGAAGUCAAACGGAGGCCGAGCGCACAGAUCUCCGAGAGCGAUUGUUAGAAGCAGCUUUAGUUGCUCAUUCUACCUUUCAAGUAGACGAAUAUCACGUUGAAAAACUGUUAACCUCUCAAGAAGACGUGGCUCAUUACCUGGCAAUCAUAAUCUCGAUUCGAGAGAACUAUCCAGCGGCGGAGAGCGAUAUCCCGUGCCCCCUCCGUCUACUGUUACAAGAGUCUUCCAGGCUGUGUCAUAGACUUGAAACCGUGGUCAGACGCUUGGUUUUGGACGAUCAUUCAAGCCUAGACCUUGCUAUAGGGAGCGUGUGGGAUAAUUAUCCAGCCGGCGGUGUAUGGAAGUCCGUCGAUGCGCUAAACGAACGGUGGCUUUCAAGGAAAAUACUUCCUGGAGCUGCCUGUGUAUCCAGAGACGUCUAUUUUAACGUACUGACUGGAGAAGUUCUUGUCAACGGUCGGCCUAUCUCCAGACUUCCUUCGAAUUUUGAAUCGCACGCAACUUUCAAGAGGCUGUUCCAGGGUAGGAUAUUGUAUGUAUCUCCAUCAGGAAUGGAUGGUAUGGACUUCAAGAUCCGAAGCCUAGUUCAUGGCCAGCAUAUUCACCUUGGAAUGCACGACUCGGAAUUAAUCGUUCGAGCAUACCAGGACGAUGGUCGCGCACAUCCGAAUGAUGGGUCAUAUCUAGAGCUCGUUCCGAUAGAUGCUCUCGGAAGAGAUGUCCCUAAAACCUUCGUCGAUGAAUAUGUGCAUUGGCUUCAUUCGAACUCACUGGUGUUACAAUUCCGUCCUCUGUUGUCCCCUUGGAUACCGCCGCGGCAGCCGUGGCAGAUCCGCCUGAACCGUGAAGACGCUGUCAACCACCAGGAUUUGUAUAGGUUGAGAAAGGGAUACAUGGCGCUCAUGGAAUCCACAGGCCUCACUGGACGCGCGAUCACCUCGUUGCUCUCUCCGUUGGAGAACGAGGAACAUAUUCACAUUAUGAUCCACGAAACAACAUCGGCUAUUUCGGUCCAACUCCCACGACUUAACCUGGAUUUUGUUCUGGGGGUAGACCUGUUGUCUCUGGAGUCCAAACAAUUUCGAGGCAUGCGCGUUGAUCCGAACCAAGCGGUGGGCACUAUGACAGGUCUUAAGAACAAGCUUGUUCUUAGCACACUGGACAAUGCCGAGCGGUGCAUGGUCGUCCCUUUUGGGACCGUCAGAUUCGCCAAAAACGGUGAUCACGUCCAUGUUACCAUCGACACCGGUGCAGAGCCUCAAGUCCCGUACUAUGUCUACCAGGUUGAUGAGGUACUUGGAAGGUUGACUGGAGAUAACAGCCUGAAGAGUAAUCUUUACAUGAUCUAUCUCCACGCGGUUACCUCUUAUUGCCUGCCAGAUAACUUGACUGGGAAAACUGGAACAGAGACAGCUCUGGAUGGCAUUCGUAGUGCCUCGGUUCGAUCGCAUGGGACACUUUCCCCUGAUGAUCUCAGCCUCCUUUCUUCAAUCGCACAUCUAACACCACAACGAACGUGGUAUCCGAAAGGCAGAAAGACCAUGCAGUGUACGAAUUGGGCCAAUCUUCCUUCACUCUCCCAGCAUAGCGGGUUUUACGGGGAGGUUCAAAAGGUUAUCCGACAUUAUCGAAAGUUUGACGUGUUCCGGGAGCAUAUCCCAUCGAGUCCAGCAUCAGAGGCGCCUCUAGUAGAGGAGCUUCUUCAGAGAGCCAUCAUUCGCGAUUCCGUCUGGCGCCUUGAUGGCUAUGGAGCUGAAUUCUACACCACUCAGUUCGACGAAGAGUACGUGGAUCGAGAUGGUAAUUUUGACACCCAGCGCGAGCUUCGUGCAUACUCGGCCGCCAAGUUGGCGUCCAGUUGGGAAAUUGAACAAAACUCAAACUUUGACUUGUGGUCGAUCAUACAGAAAAAUUUCCAUCAUCCUGUAGACCAGGAAACCCAAGUCAAGUUAAUUGAUCGUUUGGGAUAUGACCCAACUUGGCUUAAACCGGCAUCUGAGUUCCUACCGGAUUUGUACCGGUCUUUCGAUCUUUGCAAGGGUUUCGAGCCAACGGUUGAGCUGAUUGAGCCGAUAGCUGAGCGGCACUCGCUCUCGCGUGACCGAUGCUUAGAGAGUAAAAUAAAACCGCUGCCUAACGAGACCAAGAAACAGGUCAAAAAGCGUCGUCAAGACCAGUUCAAAGCCAACGUGUCUAUCCAAGCUAGGUCGUUUGCGGAGCUGGUAGUUGGGCAGUUCAAUCAGGCAUUCAACAAGGACUCCGCACUUGACGUACCACACGAUGGCAAUGCGAUUAGGACCUACAUCAACGUCGAAGCUGCCGUUGUCGAAACCAAGCAGUUGUUUAUGCAACAUACUCAGAAUGUGAAGUUUCGGCGGUAUAUCGAGAACGCGACUCGUAUUACCAGUCAAACCCUUCCCGUGGCGAUCAAACACGAGGAGCGCAAACCUCGAAGCAACGGCGUUGAGAACACACCGCAAUCAGGAUUCAUCAAGCUUAGCAAACUUUUCCAAAUGCGAGCCCCAAGCAUCGAAGAGUCUCCAACAGUCGUCGACUUUCGUAAAUGGUUGCGAGAUCAACCCUUGAAGGGAAAAGAUAACGUAGAAGCCUUGCUCCAGCGGCUCGAUAUGGGGGAGAAGGAUGUAAUUGAACAGAGUUACGUCCAAGAUCUUCGAAAGAGCUUGAAGGCCUUAAAGGAUUCCAAGCCCCUCCCAGGCCUCAGCCUCUCUUUGGAUGGCUUACAUGAUGCUAUCGAGGCACAUGUAAAGCUUUGCGAGCAACGGUCUAAUGCUAUUUACGUCCAAAUCUGCGAUGCCUUGAGGGACGCAAUCGAAGAAUCACAUGCCUUUGACGUCCUUGGCGAGCUCACGCCGCGAACAUCUCCUUUGUCGUUACUACACAACCUCACUUUUCAAAAGCUAGCUAGCGUGUCGGUUCAGUGGAAGAUUACUCUGGUGCAGUAUGGCGUCGCACUAAGCGACCUUCAACGCGCGCGCCGGUUACGCACAGCAUUCAAAUAUCGCCAAGGAAACCCAGUAGCGCUUCUGAAGGAACUAACUAAUGCUGGCCACGAUAAUUGGGAUCCCGUUAAGAACCCAGAUUGGCUGCUUCUUGAGUUAGAGAACAACAUCAUCAUCCGCAGUGAGCAGGUGCAAACCGGCCACGCCAUGAUUGACCCAGAGGAUCUCAAGAACACUAUUCUGCAACUCAAUAUGGGUGCUGGCAAAUCUUCUGUCAUCGUUCCUAUCGUUGCAGCCGCUCUUGCCAAUGGGCGAAGAUUGACGAGGGUUGUGGUGCUGAAGCAAUUAGCUCCUGAGAUGCACCGCACGCUCAUAGCGAAAUGCAGCGGCAUGCUGAACCGUCCUAUCUAUCUCAUGCCAUUUUCGCGUUCUCUGAAGAUCUCGAAGAAGCAAGCCGAUGGAAUUUUGGCGUUGUAUGAGGAGUGCAUGGCCGCGGGUGGCAUUCUCCUCACCCAGCCUGAGCAUAUUCUUUCGGCAAGACUGAUGGGAUACGAGAAAAUCGUGUCAGAGCGUUCGGAAAAGAAAAACGCCGCUCAAAAGUUGAUCAGGAUGCAGCACUGGCUGAGCCAGCACGCCCGCGACAUUCUCGAUGAGAGUGAUGAGCUUUUAAGUCCGGUGUUUGAGCUCGUAUAUACCAUUGGUGGCGAACAAUUAAUUGACUGGAGCCCCGAGAGGUGGUGUUUCAUCCAAAAAGUCUUAGGGCGGCUCUCCGUACUGGCCGCUGAGACUAAAAGCAUCCACCCAGAGGGCAUUCGCAUGGAGAAUAAGCACAAUCCCGGGAGCUUUCCGCAUAUACAGGUUCUUCUGACAGAUGCCAGCGAGAUGAUCUUGAAGAAUCUAGCUAAUGAAUUCUGCACGGAAUGGUCGAAAGACUUCGCACUCCCGGAUGACACUCGGAAAGAGCUAUAUUUGUUCCUCACAACCUUCAUAAUACAGGAGAAGGAUGUUGCGAAUCUGCAUGAGAUGAGAGAGAAACGCAAAAUAGGGGACCACGUGUGGAACACUAUGCUCAUUCUUCGUGGAUUGAUAGCAGGCGGCACGAUGAAGUUCGCAUUUCAAGACAAGCGCUGGCGGGUCCAUUACGGCCUCGACCUGACUCGAUCCCGCCUGGCGGUGCCCUUCAGAGCGAAGGAUGUACCAUCUUCGCGGGCUGAAUACAGCCAUCCUGAUUUAGCAAUCGUCCUAACAUGUCUGUGCUAUUACUAUAAAGGCUUCUCCAAUGACGAACUAACGAAGACGCUUCGCCAUUUGAAGCGCAGCGACAACUCACAGCACACGUAUGAAGGGUGGCUUGCGAAAGCUAAAGACAUGCCAUCGUCUUUCCGCAACAUUCAAAGCGUAAAUCUCCAGGACACGGCGGUCUGCGACGGCGAGGUGUUCCCUCAUUUACGAUUCACGAAAGCCGUGAUAGACUACUACUUGGCCAAUUUGGUGUUUUCUGCCCAGAUGCGGGAAUUCCCUUUCAAGCUUUCGGCGUCCGGCUGGGACAUCGCCCAGGUCAGGACAAACCCUACUACAGGGUUCAGCGGGACCAAGGACUCCAAGCAUACUCUGCCAUCGACCAUCAAGCAGGCAGAGCUGGACGCGCAGUUGCAUACCAACGCAACCGUGCUGAAUGAUCUACUAGGCGCUAAAAACACGUAUCAAGACAUUCCCCACAACCAAGAUCAGAGCCUCAACGCUGACGUUCUGCUAACAAUGGUGAUCGGCCAAAGCCCGCCCGUGCGAGUCAUCCUCGACGUAGGAGCACAAGUGCUCGACCUUCGAAAUCAGGACGUUGCGCAGUUGUGGUUGGACAAGACGACGAAUGAGGAUGCGAAAGCUGUCAUUUUCGUAACAGAGCAAGAUUCAAUCGCAGUUCUUGAUCGUGCUGGCACCUUGGAGGCGCUCGCAGUCUCCCCAUGGCUACGCCAAAUGGAUCAAUGCUUUGUCUACCUUGACCAAGCUCAUACUCGAGGCACGGAUCUUAAGCUCCCAAUCAACUACAGAGCGGCAGUGACUCUUGGCCCUCUUUUGACCAAAGAUCGUCUGGUUCAGGCGUGUAUGCGGAUGAGAAACCUUGGCAAAGGCCAGUCCGUGGUUGCUUGUGCUUCUAAGGAGAUCGAGAAGCAAAUCAAGAAUUCCUGCAACAAGGAACUGGACGACAAGAUCACCAUGCUCGAUGUUGUUGAGUGGUGUAUUCGAAACACUUGCAUACAAAUUCGAAAGGAACUGCCAAUGUGGGCCCAGCAGGGCGAACGUUACACGCUCCAACAGAACAAGCUUAACAUGGCGCCUGCAGGUGUUACCAGUACACUAGCAAAGUCGGUGGUAGAGGAACUGAAAGAAAGAGAAGCGCAGACCUUGGAUAUGCGAUAUGGAAUCAAUUCUCCUAGUUUGCACCAAGCGUUGCGAUUCCAUCUCCCGCAAGACAACGCACAACAGUCCCAUGUUCUGUCCAAAGAUACGGAAGCAAUCGCUUCUAGAUGUCAGGAGUUCAACAUCAACCCGUACGAAGGCCCGGCAUUACAAGAGGAGCACGAACGCGAGUUAUGUCCAGAAAACGAACGUGAGCAACAAGUGGAGCGACCACGUCCGAUGAAGCCGUUCUUACACGUCACCCACGUCGCGAUCAAGGCGUUUGCUCAGACCGGUCAAUGGGGCGACUUGAAAAGCGAAGCCGUACUCCCCGCAUUUCGCACCCUAAAAGCCACAAGUGCUGGCAAAUAUCUCCAACCGAACGAGUGGCCUCAAGAUCUCCUGGUGUCCAGAGACUUUGCCCAAACCGUGCAAAACCCAGGGGGGCAGGUGGUCGACGCCUACCUUAAGCCAGUCAAUUGGGUACUCAGCCGACAAACCGAUAACGGAACGUCGCUCAAACAGUGGGAAGUUGUGAUAAUCAGCCCUGCAGAAGCCAACGAGCUGCUCCCAAUCAUCAUGGAGCACAAGAUCGUUACACUUCACGUUUACUCGCCGCGCACUCGGCAGUCAAUGCGGUCGCUCGACAACUUAUCGUUUUGUGUCAUUCCACAAGUUGAAGUCAAAGCUGUCCCAAGCCUGCUGGUCACACAGCUGAAUCUGUUUGCGGGGCAGCUGUAUCAAAACGACGACGAAGCAAACAAGAUAUUGUGCGAGUUCUUGGGCCUUUGGCAUGGGGAUUUAUUGGCAGAAAGUGACGGUUUCAUGAAGAAGAAUUACAGGCAUACUCUGGGUAUUGAUGGGAGCUGUCCCUUCACUGUCUCGCCUAGGAACUUCGUAAAAGAGUGGCUGAGCGUCCGUAGGAAAGGUCAUAGUUACGAAAGGACGCACAUGGGUGCACUGGUGGUAUUGGGAAGGGCGCUGACUGGAAGCGACUUUGAGUCUUAG